UUGGUAGCAACUAACUUAAACAGUAGCCUACUCCUUGUUGUCGUGUGCAUCGGGACCGGAAUACCUCGUCUCAUAAUCAUGGAUUCUGAAAACUAUGUGGAAACUCAUCCAUCAGAUGACAAUGAAUCUAUGAAAACCAGUGACGUUUACAAAGUGGACAGAAAUCUUCCUAAGCGUUUUAAUAACCCCGAUUGCUUUCAAGGCUACAGUACGAAGAAAAACCACCCAUUCUACCAGACAUCAAGCCAAAUAUAUGGAAGCAAGAGGCCAACCGUUCAUGAAAUGCCUACAACUUUUAAUGGCAGUUAUCGGAAGUUUUCAGAACACAUGCUGAAAAGUGGGAUGUUCAGAGAUAACGGUUUCAACACGUCCAUUGAGAAGAGCAAAAUCACAGGACACGACACCAUCCCCAUGUUUCAGGACAGGAUCAACUUUAAUUAUGCAUACGACAGUGGGAGUGGUCCAAAGAAUUGAAAACAUUACUCCACCUACCCUAAUUGAUUUUCAUUGUGACAUUUGUAUGCCAUUUAUUCUCUUUGUCUUUUAUAGGAUCAAUUCCUUUCAUGAGUAUUAAAACAUCAUACAGAACAUUCA